UCACGAYCACUAAUAACAUAUCAGUCAGAGCAUACUAAGAAAGACAUGAUAAACUUUCUUGUUACAWUAUAGAUAGCCCAAGCCAUCGUAAAAAGAGUUACUAUGGAGUGUAAACUGCUAUUCCUUGUCGCUGGAGCCGUGGCUCUUAUUCAUCUUACAGAAGCACAAUCUGGGUGUAAUGAUCUUCUUGACUACUGCGCCAGUUGGCCAAGUAAAUACUGCCAGGAUUACGAAGAUUAUAUGAAGAAAAAUUGUSCAAGAAAAUGUGGAUAUUGCUCUGGACCGACACAAGCACCUGUGUGUGCUGACAAAAGCAUACAUUGUUCUGGAUGGAAGUCAAAUGGAUUUUGCGCAACUAGCUCCCAGUGGCAUAGUUACAUGAAGGCUAACUGUGCCAAGACCUGCGGCUUCUGUGGUGGCGGAGGAGGAGGAGGAGGUGGUGGUGGCGGAGGAGGAGACUGCUCAGGAAACGCCUCCAACAAGAUCCGAGCCUGUAAAUUUGACUCCGACUCAUGUGACUGGGUAAAUGUGCCUUUUGACGAUGACGUKRACUUCAAAGUUACCUCWGGAGCUACUUCCGGUGGACCUUCUUCCGGUCAUGGCGGCUCAGGAGGAUACUUUGUUACUGAGCGCAGAGGUAGAGCUGAACUUUUGCUUCCAUUGGAGAUAAUUCUUCCUCACACUUCAACUUCAACAGAACAAAUGUGCCUGCGAUUCCAAUAUUCUGUGCCCAGUGGUGCUUCGCUGAAAGUGUAUGAGAUCAAGAACCAAAAAGGUCAACCUAAGAGAGUUUUAAAAACAAUAAGUGGCACCUCGGAUACAAACUGGAAGUGCGGCAAAGUAACUGUUAACGUUAGCACAAAAUUUCAGGUGUUAUUACAAGCUCAAGCCAGUAGUGGCCAAAUUGCAAUCGAUGAAGUCAGCUUUGCGUCUGGCCRGUGCUGAUUCAUUCAAUUAACAAKCAUUCACACAGUGAAAUAUUUAAUCAGCAAUAAACACCUAUUAAACCAAAAACA